CGCUCGCUGACGGUGGACGUCACCAAGGGGGCUUGCUGUCGCUGCUUUCGAAUUCUGCCGCUGCGAAAGGGUGGCGCAGUUGCGGCUUGAAGUGUCACCAGCGUGCGCGCGUUAAACGGCCGUUAGUAGUUAGUUUUGUUUUUUCUUUUCCUUUUGUUUUGCUGUUCUUUUCUGCUCUAUCGCUCGUACAGCGUGUCACCACGGUUGCGGCUUUUGGGCCGUGUAGACAGCGUGCAAACAGUGGAAUUACGGGGGUGGGUGUGUGGCGGUUGGUGAGAGUGUGUAUCGUGUCGUGGAGUAUCGUCCUCCGCCGAUCGGUCCCUGGCUGGCGGGCACGCAAGUUCAAUUUUAUUACCGUGCGAGCAACAAAUUGGUGACUAAGCGAAGGGGCUGCCUUUAUGCGAAUUAUUACACCAAACCCCGUCGCUGUGUGGGUGUACGCAGUUGUGUGUGAGAGUGAGUGUGCAUGUGUUUACCCGCAGCUGUGCGUGUGCCAGUAGUAGUACCACGGCAGCAUUCAAUAUCCCAGCUCCAGUGUUGUAACGCAAUCCCGACCACAGCCCGGCAAAUCCGAAAAAAAACAACCCAAAAGACCCCAAAAAAACGACUGCCCCGGGCGCCGUCACUGUUGUCACCAGCGGCACGGGGCGAAUCGUCAUCGGACACAGCAUAGUGUACCGUGCGCAAAAUUCAGAACACCCGAACACGGAGCGAAGGUAACGUCAGGCCUCGUCCGUCCAUCCAGACCCGAUCAACCCGAGCAUUUGUGCGAACAGUGUGCGACCGGUCCCCGUGCGGAGGGCCGGAGUGCGUUCGGAGUGCGUGGGCAGUGUGCAAAAGGAAAACGAAAUUCGCAUACACAAACACACACACGUGCAGAGAGGGUGGGCUAGUUGGUGAAGCAUUGCGUGGGUUGUGUUGUGUGCGGAAUAUUGAACGCGACGCAGCGGAAAGGACCUCGCAGCCACCGGAACGAGAAACGGGACACAAGACUUUGGCUCGUGACUUUAAAAAGUAAGAAAUCGGUGUGUUUAAUUCGCAAUAUCUAACAAAGUUUUGCAUCUGUCCGUUUAAGCCCUUAAAGCAUUCUUCCUUUACAAUCAUUUCUAUAGUUCGCUAUCGCAUCUUAAAAUGUUCCUUCGGACUGAAACGUCGUAAAAACUAGCUUAAUAGUGAUGGUGUUACGGUGGCGCCAUCUGUGUUGCGUGAAACGCUGACCCGCGCGCUUGUCAACAAUCAAACUGUGUUUUGGCGUAUUCUGACUGCUGCCUGCUGCCCGCUUGCCUCAAUCAAACCUUUUAAGACAGCGUCGUCGUGGUGGCUUCAAUCAAAUCGAAAAGUUGGCAGAACGCAACACAAGGCUAUGGAUUGUGCUUCUUCUGGCAAUGGCCGCAGCGGUCGAAACCGGGGCCAUGCCCAUCGAAGCGAUCCGGCUAGAAGCACCAACACUGCCUAAGCUGGUGCGGCCCCGGGUGAGCUGACGAUCUCCGUAAGCCCUGUCAGCCCGGCCAACACGCGGCGAGCCCCGCGACAAGCAGCCAAAAGUAGGGAAACAAUAAAAUCAACCUAAAGGUUCGUCGCUUGCCAUCGAUUGCAAUCGUUCAUUAUUUUUUUUCUACCAGUUUCACUUUGCCCGCUAGUGCCUGCUAAAAAUGGGUUGAAUGUUGGAGCACGUUUGUGUUUGUGUGUUUAAACAAAAAAAUGCGACUCCGUUCGCGUCCGUUCAUUCGUCAGUAAAACAAACAAAACACUGGGCAGCAAAGUGUACACAAAGUAAUGACUUAAGUGCGCGCGUGUGUGUAUGUGUGACUAAGUGUACAAAUUAUCAACCAAAUCAUAAACACUUUUCGAUAGUGCAACCGGCGUGAGUGUCCUUGUAAGUAGUUGGAAAACGUUAAGCAACUUGUUCGUAGAGUAGCGUGAAACGAGUGUGUGAAGAGCAGAAAGGGGGCAAACAAACCAUGACGGAGCAGCGUCCGCAUCGAUUAGACCGCUACGUGCACUGCCGCAGCAUCGUACCGAGCAGCAUAAACCAAAGCCAUAUAAAGAUGACGCGCAACGGCGUGACGUGCGCGGGAGCGUACAGCAGUACCAGCGGCAGAAGGAAACGACCGGACCACACCAGCCCUAGGGUCCCGCUCACACUAGCCCUGCUGGCGCUCGCGGCCUGCUGGCCGGAAGCGGCCGGGCUCGACCCAAAGUUCGACCCGUCCACCCGGAUGGGGCUCGUGCUGGUGCCGGCCGACGCAACCGUCGGCUCCGUCAUCUACCGGUUGCGGGCCUCCGACGAAGAGUUCGAGUACCCGCUCCAGUUUGAGCUAGUCGGCGAUGCGUCGUCGUCGACGGUACAGAUCGAGACGCUGCCCUGCACCAAGUUCAACUCCAUCUGCCAGGCGAAUGUGAUUCUGACGCGGCGGCUCGAACCGGGCCGCUACUACGACUUCCAGGUGUCGGUGAAGGAUACCAAGGGCGGCAUGUCGGUGCAGAGCUGCUCGAUCACUGCCACCAACUUUACCACGCCGCACGACGUCAUCUUUCCGCACAAGGCGGGCAUCAUCAUGGUGCCGGAGGAUGCUAAAAAAGGAACCGAGCUGGACUACGUUCUGGCGAACAAAAAUCCAUUGUUCCAGAAGCCUGUGUAUCUAGAGCUAUGGGGAUCACCACUGUUCGGUAUUCGCCAGAAGUUCAUAUCGCCCGAGACGGCCGAAGGGACCAUCUUUCUGCUCGGUCAGCUAGACUUUGAAAAGCAAGCGAUGUACCACCUGACGGUACUGGCAAACGACGCGUACGCAGAGCCGGGGCAGGAUACGCGCAACAUUGCCGGGCUGGAGGUGGUCAUCAUCGUAGAGGACGUGCAGGACGUGCCGCCCGUGUUUACGGUGGCCCCACCGGUAACGCGGCUUCCGGCCGGGCUCAUACCCGGCGACAAGGUACUCCAGGUGCAUGCAGAGGACGGUGACAAGGGGGUACCGCGCGAGAUCCGGUACGGGUUAGUGUCGGAGGGCAACCCGUUCACGUCUUUUUUCGACAUCAACGAAACGAGUGGUGAGAUAUCACUGCUCCGACCGCUGGACGACAUACUGGCACUGACGCACGCCGGCGAUCCCGUCCUGCUGACGGUGAUCGCGGAGGAGGUGAAGGUGAGUCGCGAUGAGCCGCCCGCCAUGGCGACGACGGUGCAGCUUGCCUUCUUCCUGCCGGAGCGCAGCAACUCGCCGCCCUACUUCGAGAACGACCACUACGUCGCCCGGCUGGACGAGAACGCCGCCCCCGGCACGGUGCUGACCUUCACCGACCCGUACACACCGCGCGUGAUGGACGACGAUGCCGGCAAGAACGGCGUGUUCUCGCUGACCCUGCUCGGCAACAACGGUACGUUCGAGAUCUCCCCGAACGUGGCCGAGGGCCACGCGAACUUUGUCGUGCGCGUGCGGGACAGCGCCCGGCUCGACUACGAGGCGGCCACCUACGUCCACUUUCAGAUCCUCGCGCAGGAGCUCGGGCCCGCCACCAACCUGUCGAUGCUGGUGAACGUCACCGUGUACCUGGCGGACGUCAACGACAACCCGCCCGUGUUCGAGCAGGCCGACUACAUCGUCGACCUGCCCGAGAACAUGACGGCGGGGACGCGCGUCGUCCAGGUGCACGCCACCGACGUCGACACCGCGCGGCUCGGGGGCCGCGUGCGCUACACGCAGAUCCUAGGCCCGCACAACACCUCGCUCAACCUGGACCCGGCGUCCGGCGUGGUGACGGUGGCGCUCAACAACCACGGCUUCGACCGGGAGGCGAUGCCCGAGUACCACCUGUACGUGGAGGCGCGGGACGACGACGGCAUCGGCAACCGGGCGCAGGUGCCGCUCGUGAUCCGGCUGAUCGACGUGAACGACGAGACGCCCGCGUUCGAGAAGCCGCUGUACGAGUUCAUCCUCGCGGCCGACCUGCGCAACUUCACCGUGCCCGCGUUCAUCCGGGCGACGGACGGGGACGCGGAGGCACCGAACAACGAGGUGCGGUACGAGCUGAUCUACGGCAACUACGAGAACAAGUUCUUCCUGCACCCGAUCACGGGCGAGCUGAAGCUGAACGGGCCGCUCGUGCCGCGGACGGGCGGCGGCGGUGGCCAAUCGGUCGGUGGGCUGCGCCGGCGCCGGCAGACAGGGGGCAGUGGGGCGGCCGGCGGCCCGCCUGCCACCGGGCAGAAGGAGUCGGACGUGUUCGUGCUGACGGCGCGCGCCUUCGAUCUGGGCGUGCCGGUGCGCUACUCGACCGCCACGAUUCGCGUGUACCCGCCGGAAAGCCGGACGCGCACGGUCACGUUCAUUGUGCCCGGGUCGGACCCGGACCGGAAGAAGGUGCAGGACACGCUGGCUGACAUUACGGGCGGGCGGGUCAUCAUACAGGAGGUGCGCCCGUACCGUACCGGCGACGGGGGCAUUCCGACCGACCUGAUCGGCGGCGGCGGUGGUAGUGGGGGCGCCGCCGAACGGUCCGUUGUGAUCGCGACGAUACUGUACGACGCGGACUCGGUGGUGGACAUCGCGAAGAUCCAGCAGCGCCUCUCGAUCAACGGCACGGUUACCAACAUCAUCAGCCAGGAGGAGCGCAGUGCCAUUCUCUACAAGGCCGAAAACCGUGUCCUGUUCUGGCUGCUCAUCUUUCUCGCGGUCCUGCUAGCGCUCGGCAUCCUCACGCUGCUGCUCUGCUGCAUCUGUCCCCGGUGUCCGCUGAACGCUACCAACCGCAAACGAAUACUGCGCGUGAAUAAUAUCGAAGAUGAUCUUGUUCAUAGAAAGCAGGGACUUGGAAAGCAAUCUAAAUCUGUGCAGGUCGCCGAGUGGAUGGGACGGCGAGAAGCCUGGUCAGCAGCGAAUCGAUCGACCGAUUCCCGUACCAAGCCGACGCAUUGGGAGUACCGAGGGCGGCGCGACAUUGGCAAAGGCACACUAGCGGCGGCCGGGGACGACGGGGGGGACGACCGGGACGGUGAGCCGGACCAGCGCGGGGACGAGAGCGGCACCGACGGCAAUGAGCGGAAGCGGGCGAACGAUGGCGGGAAGCUAGAGAAGCAUACGGUUAAAAUUAGGAGCGACAUGAAGAGCAAAUCGACCAAGGACGACACGCACAUGCACCGGUCGCGCACGAACCUGCUGAACGCGGACCGGGACAUGUACGUGGAGGACGUGGACGAGCACGAUCCGGAGUACCAGUCGCUGAAGCGCAUCCACCACCACCACCAUCACCAUCAUGCCGGUGGCGGCGGCGGUGGUGGUGGAGGCGGUGGCGGCGGCGGCGGCGGCGGCGGCAAACCGACCACGGACGAUGCGCUGCCGAUCGAUGACGACUCGAUGCGCCGGCACGAGAUGGACCGGGGCAGCGAUCUGAACUACGAGCGGCGCGGCAGCUUCAAACGGCAGGGACACGCGGCGGCUCCACAGCUGGUCGCGGACGACAUUGAGCCGCGCGACCAGUACUUCAUCAAGGACGGCAACGCGGAGAUACUGCGGCUGAUAACGCGCGGCCGCAACGAGGAGGAGAACAUCUACGUCAACAUACCGCAGCAGCAGGCGCAGCAGCAGCGGCCCGGCGUGGCCGCCCAGCCCAACCAGCCCCAGUACAUCAUGGUGGACAACGGCGGCAAGGAGAUCCUGAUGCGCCGGUACAUCGAGGAGCAGGCGAACGGGAAGCAGAUCAUCCGCGAGCACUACCAGCUGCUGCCGGGCACGACCUUCAUCCAGACCAUCCCGAACGAGGUGCCGGUGCGGCGGGGCGAGCACGUGACCGAGGUGAAGAUCGGGGCGGUCGGGGGCCGCGCCAAGGACCCGGCGGCGGCGGACGGGGACGGCGACCCGGGCCGGCUGAAGCCGGCCGUCUCGACCCACUCGCUGAUGCACCAGGAGCUGGAGCACUCGCUCAAGCAGCAGAACGCACUGCUCCGCCAGAUACUGCUCGAGAAGGAGAAGCUCGAGGAGCGGUACACCCAGUACGAGCAAGCGCUCGAGACCCAGAGCCUGCCGUGCCAGUCGAUGGCGGUGGUGGUGGCCGCCACCCAGACCGACUGCGACACCGGCACGCAGACGGAGCCGAUGCGCGGCGCUGGCGGCUUCGGGGCCUCGGGCGGGUUCGGCCGGCGGCGCACCAAGAGCGAGAACGACGACUCGCUGUCGGAGGACGAGUACGAGUACGUGCGGUACAGCCCGCCGGACAGCCCGGACGGCGUGUACCUGAUCAAGCGCCGGCGGCACCGCAAAAAGACGCUCAAGCACCGCACCGGCGGCAAGGGCGGGCUGGGCGGCAGCGGCGAGUGCAGUGGCGGCGAGUCGACCGGCGAGCGCAAGUCGAACCGGCGCAUCAUCGUGGUCGAGUCGGUGAAGCGCAAAAUCCGCACCCCGAUCCAGGAGGAGGAGGACGAGCUGCACCACGGGCGCGACCUGCGCCGGGAGGGGGCGGUGGCCGGCGGCGGGCACCGGCGGGGCGGGCAGGAGACGCGCACCAGCAUACUGCGCCGCAAGCGCAACGAGGAGCUGUCGCGCAACGGCAAGGAGACCGGGAAGGAGCAGCGGCUCAAGCGGGACGUGCUGAUGGAAAUCUCCGACUCGCUGCCCGGGCCGGAGCAGCGGGGCCGGCGGGGCAACGGUAACGGGGGCAAUGGGGGGCCCGGGGCGGACGGGCGCCGCAAGAAGGUGUACCGCAAGAACGUCAAGUACUACGAGGACUCGGACGGCUCGGAGAAGGAGGUGGUGGUGCAGAAGAACUACUUCUCCGCGGACAGCCUGGACGAGAUGGCGUCGGACGUGGAGGACUACCGGUACUCGGUGACGAAGACGUCCAAGUCGGUGACGGUGUCGCCGAAGGCGUCGGUCGAGCAGCGGGUGUCGCGGCGCGACGACAAGACCGAAACGACCACGACCCGCAUCCGGCUGACGACGUCCGAGUCGCCGAGCCGGCGGCAGCCGGCAGCGACGGGAGCGUCGGGGGCAAUGGCGGGCUCGCAGGGCCCGAAGGGGCCCGCCCCCAAGCCGCCCCGCCUGAGCAAAUCGGUGUCGAAGGAGGAGGACCUCAACGAACCGGGGGGCGGUGGCGGCGAGGGACAGCAGCACGGGGUCAACCCGAAGUACAUGGACUGGUACUACAACCUCAGCAAGGAGGGCGACUCGCUCGAGAAGCGGGACGGGCGCAAGAGGGACCGGGAGCCGGCCGGCGGGACGACGCUGCUCACCACCACGACCACCAGCUCGACCACCACCAUCACGACCGGCGGCAGCCGCCGGAAGGGCGAGGGGGAGGCAGCCGCGGCCCCACCGGCCAAGGGCAAGCCGGAGCCGGCGCCCCGCACCAGCCCACCGAAGGAGGCCCGCCUGCUCAAGGAAGACAUACAGCACGCGCGCAAGGUCACCCAGUCCCAGCAGCAGCAGCAGCAGCAGCAGGAGGCGGGCGGCAGCCACCCGCUGCUCCAGCACUCCGAGCACCGGUUCGAGGCGGAGUACGGGACGGGGCCGCCGGUCGUGCCGGCCCCGCCGGACAAGCUGCCCCACUACCUCUACCCCGAGACGCCACCGAUCGUGAGCCGCGACAACAAGGUGCAGAUCAAGAUCGUCGACCAGUCGGCGGCGGCGGCGGCGGCGGCAACGGCGGCCCCCGGCGCGAAGUCGAACGGUGGCGGCGGCGGCACCAGCACCAAGAACGCGAAAACGCUCAACGUGUCCACGCUGGAGGACGACCACGAUUCCGGCAUCGCGAUGAACUCGCUGCUCCACACCAAGGGCAAGCGGAACAAGAUCGCGGACAAGAAGAGCAUCUUCACCAUCGCGUACGACGACGUGCGCAUCCGGCAGAUCCGGUCCGAGAGCGACACGCCCCCGUUCUCCUAACGGCGGGCGGGCAGCCUCCGGCAGCAGCGCCCGAAACCGUCCAGCGACUAGGCGCGCCGCAGUACAAAACACAAAACGGACGCGGAGCUAAGGUCCACCUCACUACGGCGUACGGUGUUCUAGCAGUCCUCAGUGCUCCCUUAGUCUGCGUACCGUUACAGCCGCCAUUUGCACAGACACCAGUUUCCAACUGCCAUAUUCGAGCGGUGUGUUCCGGGCGGCAAUGCGCACCAUAAUCGAGCAGCAGUAGUAGUAUUUGUAGUGGUAGUAGUAGUAGUAGUAGUCGUCGUCGUAGCAGCAGUAGUGGUAGCAAUCGUUCGUUUGAAGAUCGCACUGAUGCGCAUCUGCCGGAUCGUUGUGAUCGCGCGCGUCGCAAUUUGUUAGGUUAAGUUUUUUAGUGAUUCCCCCCCCCACACACACACACACGCUCAUCCACACAUAUAACCGUGCAUCGCUCUUCCGGGUCGUCUCGGAACGUCGCCCGUCAUUCGUGCGAUUAGAAAGGUUAAGGUUUUGUUAGGCUUACGAACUCCAUUGGAGUCUGUUAGGUAGCACCUUGGUAGUAGUGCCUUUGUGUAUAGUAGCUCAGUCAACCUUCCAGAUUACGUUAAACGGACGGGAAGUAGUGGCAGCCGCAGCACGUGUGUUUCAUGUGAUCCCCUACUUCGCCGUACCGAGUAGCCUAAGUUAAUUCGUGCUUUGAUGCGUUCCUUAUAUGCGUAUAUUGUAAAAAGAGACAGGGGGAGAGAGAUAGUAGGAAGAGUUUAAAGCUGUACAUUUUUUUUUGUGUUAGUGUAUUAGUAGUUUCGCCUUUCGCCCUAUUCUUACUUGUUCCUCGCCACCUUUCGCCUACUGUGUCCACGUAAAAGUGUGCUGAAAGACUUAUGCCGGAUACAUGAACAGAACAGGCUUUCCGUCCAACUGUUUCGGUCGCUGAUGCGCAACCCAUUUUUCUGUUCUGUGUUCCACAGCGAAAUGUAAAUAGCCAGAAUGCACGAAACGACGGCGAUUGGCGUGUGCAUGCGAGUGUGCGCGUGUGUGUGUGUCUGUGCGGGUGAGUGAGUAUUGGGAGUAGCUGGAGCAGAUCAACGCCAUCAUGUAGACACUGUCGAUAGAAGAGGAAGGAGAUAACUAAAUGGAUAAUAGCGAUAUGUUAGGGAUUACGGUUUUUGAUCAUGUUUAGCGAACCGGUUCCAAUGUCCGACGGAGGUUGCCACCGUGUAGCUGGAAGAAGGCGUUUAACGUGACCAUCAUGCAUGUGGUACUCCGUACUGAAUCGAACUGGACGCAGCGUGCAAGGCGGCAAGGGAAGGGCUAAGGAAAAACAGCCACUGGCACGGCAUUUUCAAAUAUGGGGUUCUUCCAGCUCGGCAGGUGAACGGCAAAGUAGUAGUGCUGUCAUUAGUAGGCCCUAGGCACGGAAACGGUUUAGCGAUCAUCUUGUUAGCAAGGAACUGUAGACACUUAGCAAUUAGAUAACUACUACUUCCUCCACACAAUGUAGAGAUAAAGGCAAGCAGAAUUUGAUAGCGAGAGAGAGAGUGAGAGAGAGAGAGAGAGAGAGAGAGAGAGAGAGAAAAUACGAUACCUUACGUAGGUACGGAAAUAGGAAAGGUACAAGAAUAGGUGAGCUAGUUUUAUGCGAUGAUUCUGUAAGACGGACAGAUUUCUGGCAGGGGAUUGAAUGCGACAAAUAUCAAAUAAAGAAAAAUGUCUAUUUUUUACACAAA